GUUAUCUCAAAUGUAAGUGCAUCUACAUGACACAUCAUGGUACAUUUGGAUUAGCAUUAAUUGCUUGAGCAAAAAGUAAAACUGAAAAUCGACUUUUCCACAUUUGACUGAUAUGGCUGAAAUCUCAACCCUGCUGCGCAACUACUCAUGUCUGGUUGUUUACAAUCUCUCUGGCUAAAAACAUGGCCGUUGACAAACUCACUCAAGGCAGUCAGCACUCGUAAACUCUUUACAAUUUAAAAUGUACAGACCUUAAGUUACUAAACGAACGAUAACGCAGUUAAAAAUUUAGUUGACUUGUUAACCCGGCUGUCGGUUUGUCUUUUUAUCUCGUCUCGCUGUGACUCGUUAGCCGCUGAAGCUAGGUAGCGAGCUAACUUCUCCAUAGGGAACAAUGACAGCGACUUCUGCAGGUAGCAGCAGCUGUCUCGCCGCGAAAGGACUGGACAUCAGCCUGGCUGCUCUGCAGCGACAGGACCCAUACAUCAACGACAUUGUGGACGUGGCCAGUCAAGUUGCCCUGUAUACUUACAACAACAGGGCAAAUGAGUGGGAGAAGACAGAGGUGGAAGGCACCCUUUUCAUCUACACAAGACUGGCAUCUCCCAGGCACGGUUUCACCAUCAUGAACAGACUCAGCAUGGAGAACCUGACGGAGCCAAUCACCAAAGACUUGGACUUCCAGCUCAAGCACCCCUUCCUGCUUUACCGCAAUGCACGAUUGGUUAUCCAUGGCAUUUGGUUCUAUGACAAGGAGGACUGCCAACGCAUUGCUCAGAGGAUGAAGAUUCUGACCCAGCAGGAGCAGGCCCUGGCUCUGUCGCAGGGUGGAUGGUUGUCCCCAGGAGGAAGAGGAGGAGGAGGAGAAAUAGUUGGAGUAGGGGGAGGUGGAGGAAGUGAAGCGAAGGCAGUGGACAUCAUCCAGAUGUUGACCAAAGCACGCACAGAGUACGACAAGUCUGCGUCGGAGCCGAAGGAGAUAGGUGGCAGCGCUGUUCCUCAUGGAAACCCCAACCUCGUCAAACCAAUACCUGUUAAACCGAACACACAGGAGAGUGCAAGUGCGAAGCCCAAGUCUCUGUCUCUGGCCACUCUUUUUGGCUCUCAACCUCAACACCAGCACUCAUCCAAACCCGACCCAGUCUCUCCUCUGGCUGCUCCCGAGACGGGCCCGUCAGCUGGGCGAGUCGCGCGCCCACCUGUAGCCCGUUCACUGAAAUACGACGACGCGGUGAACUCUAGCAGAAGUUUGACCUCCGAGGGAGGCGACGACGCCACGGUUGGGUGUUCAGAUGGAGGCCUCCGGGCUCUGAUUGGUGGACAGACGGUCAGCGCACAUGCUGGAAAUGCUGGUGUGGGCUUGCUGCCGAGUCCCACUCCCGCCCAUCAGCAGCUGCAGAACCAGCCUCAGCAGCAGAACCAGCCUCAGCUGCAGAACCAGCCUCAGCUGCAGAACCAGCCUCAGCAGCAGAACCAGCCUCAGCUGCAGAACCAGCCUCAGCAGCAGAACCAGCCUCAGCUCUGCCCGGCCAUCCAGAAACUCAUGCAUGGACAGAGAGGAGUCGGCGUGGUCGGAGGUGUGCUCCAGACGGUGUCCGAGUCCCCCGAGAACAGGCUGUGUGACAACGGUGUGCCGCUGGAGCACCACCACCACCAUCACCAUAUGUACCAUCAUCAUCAUCAUCAGCAGCAGCAGCAGCAGCACCACCUUCAUCAUCAUCAUCAGCUACAGCAACAACUACAGCUCCAGCAACAGCUCCAGGCUGACCCAAUCAAGAGACUAUUCCAAACCCUGCCUCCUCCUCCUCCUCCUCCUCCUCUGCAGGUCCCCCAUCUCUCCUCUCAGCCCGUCAUGGUGGAUUCUGUGUCAUGUUCACACCUUCAAGCACAACAAAGCCAGCAGCUGUUUUUCAGCCUCUCUAAACUUCAAACGGAGGCACUGCACACCAGUCAGUCAGCUUUAACCAGACAGGCAACAGGUUUGCCGCCAUCUCAGGGAACCACUGACCGAGUCCUUCAGCCUUUACAAGGUCCGUCUUCCCAGAUGCCCGGUGUGGUGUCGUCUCAUGAGCUACUGCAUAAGCUCCAGCUGGUUCAGCAAGAGCAAGGCCUGGCAUCCCACGAUGCCCCUCGACUCUGUCCCGGACUGGCCCCUCGAUUCUUAGGGCCCGCUCAAAGUCGAGGUGUAGGCUCGGUUGUCGGACCGGUGUCAAACCAGACCACAGCCCCCGCUGGUCAGAAGGCUGCGCUGCAGUUUCAGGUCAUCUCCCCCCAGCAGAUACCAGCCACUGUGGCCCCCAACAUGCUCCUCUCUCCCAGUGUGUUCACUCAGGCCAAGUCCAGCGUCGGGUUGUCAGCGGCGGCCCUGGAGGGCUGCCCCGCCCCCUCAAACCUGUCCGGGCCGCGGCUGCAGGAGGAGAUGAGAGUCCUGUCCAGAAGCCAGCUUCAAGCCACACUGCUGCACAUGAUCCAUACUGACGGCUCAUUCCUGGACACCAUCUAUGAAGCCUACGUCAGCCGCUUUACUAAUGGCUCCAGCAGCAAGUACUGAUGACUCUUCACACCUUCUGUCUAUACAUAUCCUCCCUCUCCAGAGCUGUGGGGCUCACUCUUCUACAUCGAACAUGGCUGUAGCACUUCCUCAUCCGGAUCCAAUAACAACGCUCGUCUACUGUAUCUCCUCUGCAGUGUUUCGCCAGUCAAACCUGACUCUGUUCUCUUAGAGCCAAGUUUCUCUAGUUGCAAAAACAACAAAGAAAUUAGCAAAAAGUAUUAACAUUUUUUUUUAAACAACAACAAAAAAUAUCUUUUUAUCCUGUUACUCCUCUGAAAAAACAACCACUAAUUGUUGACAUUAAUAUGGCAUAAUUCUACAGUCGUGAAAUGUAGCCUAUAGUGCAAACUCUCUGUUUUCCAAGGUGUUUGAAAUCAGUAGUUCCCAGCACUAUUUUCUUCACGAAAUGUAGCAGAAUCUUAUUUUAAUUUGUUGUUAUUUUGUGCAAUGUGUAGUUACCCUGUCACAGACGGCCUUCUGCACUCUAAAUAAACACGUCUUCCCAGGCUAAAAACUAGUGCUGAAGGAUAAGCUCAAACUGACUUGAAACUGGCUUCACUUCUGAAAUUAAAUGUAAAACAUGUUAAACAUGUUUUGUUUUCUGUACAUUUGGAGAAGUAAGUAUUUUUCAAUGUCAACAGAAUUUGUUGGAUUUUAAUUUACAAUUAUUUUUAAAUUAAGUUCCUACUUGUUUACUUUCUGAAUGAAAACAUUAAGAUAUAUUAUAGUACUAUCCGCAUUAUUUUAAGUUAUUAAAAUGAUGCCAUCAUUGUCAUUUUGAUGAAUUCUAGCACACGAGCUGGGAUGAAUAUCUGUAUUGCUAUUCUAGCGACAGCUAAUGAAGACUUAGAAAUGGCGUGCUAUCCAUCGAACUUGAAGUAACAAGGAAAGGACAGGCGCUUGUUCACUCGCCCUACCUCACAGCGCUAGUUCAGAGGUGUGUUCUUACUUAGUGGCAGAGGUUUAAAGAGUAGACAAUCCAGUCGGGAUGUUUUAUUUCAUUUUAACACAGGGCAUUUCAUCGCCACAGAAAAAAACAUUGGGAAUCUUUUAACUCUGAAAUAUCACUGGAGUUGUUGUGAUUUUGCAUCAUUCCACAGUUCUUGAACAUUUCCUCCGCUAAACAAUAUCUUGCAUAGUCCCCCCCCCCUCCGCCACACCCCUGUACAACUCAAACACUUUGCCUAUUGAUGGUAAAUCCAGUUGAAUAAACAAUGGGUUAAAUGGAUUUAAAGCCAUAAAAAGCAGCAGAGAAGGUAUUUAGAUAUAUCAGAUAAUAAUUGUUUUGAGUUCACAGGCCUGUUCAAAGCAAGUAUGAAAGAAAUUAAGAGAGACGGACUGAUUCAUGCACUGCAAACUGUCACUCAGUUCCUCACAGAGAAGUUAAAGUCUAUACAUUUUUACAAAUUUGAUUGGGGUUAUGGUUUUCAGUUCGUGUUUAGCUCCUGUCCUAAACUGGUAUAUAACCAGACUAUACAGUAGCUACCAGAGUACACAAAAGCAACAGCAACAAAAGAAAAUGAAUACAUUUCGAGAAUAGAAACAGAAUAUUUUUUUUCCUAUUUUUGUACUUAAGCAAAAUGUAUUGUCAAAAUAAAAAAUAACCAGCAAAUUACAUUUGUACAGCUAACAUAGAAGUACAAAUUCAUUCUUAUAUGACAUAUCUCAAGUUAUUUGUCAGAUGCUGUUUUGUUUCUUUAAUUCAUCCAUAAAGUAAUUUUCUUUUAAUCAUUUGUCAUUUAGAAUAUUUUAAGGCAUUGGAAUGCCAACAAAAACAUGUCACAUUUUUUAUAAUUUGUCGGGAAUGUUUUACUCUUACAAAAACUGUAAUAUAUUUUAAUUGGAUAUUAAAUGUUCUCAAAAUUC